CGGGACGCGGCGGCGGGGGGAGAGAUGCGAUCCGUACCCCCACCCCCCCCCCCGCUGGGGCGUCUCCGCGGAGGAGGGUGGCGGAGUCCGGCUCUGACUUGGAGGCCGCUUUCCCGCCGUCGGGACCGGGGCUGGGGAAGGUGGCGGGACGGGGGUGGGGGUCCGGGAGCCGUCCGCGCUGGCCUCCCGAGCCGCGGCCACCGCUCGGCGGGAGCCCCGCUCCUCCGGCUCGCCGGCCCGGAUUGCAUCAGCUUCCAGCCGGCCCGGCUCCACCUUCCCCGCCGCCCCCCGCCUCUCCGCGGGGCACUCCCGUUGCCCCUCCGAGGGGGCUCCCCGAGGUGGGAAGGACGCUCCCCGAGGUGGGAGAGGCUCCUGGGGUGCCGCCCGAUCUGCCCGCCCUCCCCUUGAUUCCCUCUCCGUUACCCCUUCUCCUACCCCGGGACACCGGCGAGGGGACAGGGGACGGGCUCCGCUUGGGUGGCUUUUCCCCCCGCGGUGCUGAAUCACGGGGAGGCCACUUCUCGCCCGCCCGCGCUGCGUGGCCGCUGCCCCGGCCCCUCCGCCCCGCAGCCUGCGCACCCACCCCCGAGCCCCGCGCGGGAGCCGCGGUGCCCGCCGCGGGCGGCACCUCCACGGGGUCCCGGCUGGGGGACUUGGCCGUGGCUUGACCCCGUGGGGCUGCCGCUGCUUUCACUUUCUUUUCAGCCUCGGGCGGAUCUCGCCACGGUUUCCUCCCCCGGGGGGGCAGCCUGGGCCUCCCCGCCGCUGGCCUGGGGCGUUCCUGAUCCCUUGGGCAGGACGGCAUCCCUGCCACUUCGGGGCAGGAUGAAGGAGGGAUGAGAGGGCCAGCGUGACACAAGGAUGGCUGCGGACGGGCUCUCCAGCAAGGCCCUGAAGGUGAAGAGGGAGCUGGGGGAGAACACGCCGCUGUUGUCGGACGAGGAGCUGAUGGGGCUGUCGGUGCGGGAGCUCAACCACCACCUGCGGGGCCUCUCCAAGGAGGAGGUGGCGAGGCUGAAGCAGCGCCGGCGGACGCUGAAGAACCGGGGCUACGCCGCCAGCUGCCGGGUGAAGCGCGUCUGCCAGAAGGAAGAGCUGCAGAAGCAGAAGAUGGAGCUGGAGUGGGAGGUGGACAAGCUGGCCCGGGAGAAUGCUGCCAUGCGCCUGGAGCUCGACACCCUCCGUGGCAAGUACGAGGCCCUGCAGGGCUUCGCCCGCAGCGUGGCCACCCACGGGCCCACCGCCAAGGUGGCCACCGCCAGCGUCAUCACCAUCGUCAAGUCCGGCACCAACCAGGCUGCCUAUUCCUAGUGUCGGCCUCCGUUCCCCCGCUGGGCAUGGUCCCCUUGGGGUGCCUUCCUCCCCAAAACCUUUCCUCUACCCUCCCUGAUUUCCUUCCCACUGGGACCUGUGCCUGAAAUCCUCCUUCUCACCUUCCUUGACCUCCAGCUCCUCCAUGUAGGGAGAGCUGCUGCAGUGUGGGUGCUGGAGCAGAGGACAGGACACCACUGGUGGCCCCCAAAGCCCCACAGCCCCCUCCCCUCUGACCCAGUCCCAUCCCUCAAUGCAGACCCCCUGGCCAGACACCCUUCACUCUGGGGUGCACAGGCAAGAGAGGGUGAGCCCACACAGGCAGCAGUGGGGAAGUGUCCUAUGGCUCCAAGCUGGCAGGAAAACACCAGGUGCCCCUUUAUUUUUGGGGAGGAGGACACUGCAGAGCUGUGUGUGGGCUGGGCACUCCCAGGAGCAAGGGUCAGGGUGGGGAACAGGGAGAGAGGUUUUGCAGCGAGAGGCAGAAGGGAUACAAUGGAGAGGAGGGUUGGCAAUUGGCUCUGCAACUUGAACCAUGGCUGGAGCAGGGAGGGGGGUAGCAGCAGGGCUGGAGCCUCUGCAGAUGGAGAUGGUGAGGGAAGGCAGAAGGUCAGAGGAUGAGAGAAAGUGGCUACAAGUUGGUGCCUGGUAAGGGGGAACUAGAUGGGGAAAAGUGCUGUGGCAGCCUGUGGUGCCUGGGGAGCUUAGAGGUCAUGGUGAUGGAGGAAGGACCCUCAGGCAGGGGAGAGCUGGGGAACAUAACUGGGUCUGUCCAGGCUGUUGUACACCAAGGGGAGAAGAGUGGUGCUAUUUUAUCUCCAUCACGCACAUCCUUCACGCCUCUUCCUGCCUAUGGAAUGCUCAGCUUGGUCAGCUCAGUGAAAUGCAGCAGCACUGGCAGGAAGGAAGUGGAGGCAGCUGGAGCAGAGAUAAACAGUGUUUUGCUCAGUGCAGUCUGGCUUGUUUGGCCCCACCAAGAACUCCCUGGUGCCCCACUGCCUACAAAGCCUAUGGAAAGGUGCUCUUGACUCCUGAGAACCAGAGCUGCGGAGGCUGAGAGAGGGGUGGAGGUGCAGGAGGUAGGAAGCAGGGGUGGAGACCGUCUUUGCUCCUGGGAGCAGCCUGGCAGGCAGGUAAGCUCCUCCCUUUGGUUUUCCUCCAGCUUGGACACCCAUGUGGGACAACCGGCUCUUCAACAGGCUGAAAUGCUGAAGAAGAGUCAGGUUUGCUAAAUGUGGGCAGCGUGGGGGAUGUAGACAGGAGGCAAGAACCUUCCUGGCAUCUGCCACUGUAGAUGAUCCCCGUCCCCCCCCCCUUUCAGCCCCUGCCUGGGCAUUGCUACGCCAGCCGCCCUCGGCUGCAGCCUCCAUCCCUCCCUGGAGAGAGGCCCCCCCCACUCGUGGAGGGGGCACUGUGGUUCGCAUCCCCCCACCCCAACUCCUCUUGGGUUUAUUUAUUGCACGAAUGUAAGUUAUUUUCACGUCCUCUUUGCCAUUCCGCCUCUCGGCACAGCCAGGAUGUUGGUACAGAGCUGUACUUUAUAUUUUAUAUAUGCAAAUCACAUUUUAUCUUAUAUAGAGCAAAAAAUAUUUAUUUUCUGACUUACAGUAUGUGUCCUUACCCGACUCCUCUGUAUUUUGUAGACUUUACAAAUAAAGCCAGUUCUUUUUUUUUUU